CUUUCUCUCGGUCCUGUCCUUCAUUGCAAUUGUUUUACUUUUCCCCAAUUGUCUCAUUUCCUCUUGUCACUUCAUAGCAUUCUCCAGGAAUUUCCAGUUUAAGUCACUCAUUCUGCGCUCCAAUCACUCAACCACCCUCAUUCUCCACGAUGUCCUGGUUUUCCGGUUCCUCCAAGUCCGAGAGCGCUCCCACAGCAGUUCCUCCCACCGAAGCCGCGCCCGCCGAGAAGCCCAAGCCCUGCUGCGUCUGUAAGCCCGAAAAGACCGCCCGCGACGACUGCAUGCUCUUCUCCAAGACCGACGAUCCCACCCAGGAAUGCAAGUCGGUGAUCGAGCAGUACAAGGCCUGCAUGGCCGGGUAUGGAUUCAAGGUCUAGGCCUAGGGUCUGGAACUUUUCUUUAAGGUGACCGACCGAUCGACCGACCAUAAACCUAGGGUUUACUGGAAAGUUCUCCCCAGGAGGUAGAGGGCGGUUGUAUACCAUAUCUGUUUUGUCCGAUACAUAGAUCAAGCUUAAGAGCGCAUGCACGUAUCUUGGAGUUUUUGGGUGUGCUGGGGUUGCGCUUCGCUCUGGCCUUGCUUGUGGGCUUGAAUGUGUACUAUAUUUGCUUUGCGAGGGUUCUUUGGCGGGUAUCUCUCAUCUCUUCUCUGCUUGUGCAAUAACUACAUGUCUUAUUAUGGGUAUACUGUGUACUGUAUAUGGAUGCUCUGAUGUCAUGGAUGUAUCAACUAAC